CAAACUACACAUCUCCCUUACAAAUCUCCCUUUUCUCACCCCAAUCCCAAUUCCAAUCAAAUCAUCUAUCCAACACACAAUUUUGUUCCUCUUCUUUCUAAUUCACUUCUCAAAACAUGUCACACAACGAAGAAACCGAAUUCAAAGCCGUGCCUGAAUCAAAUCUAGCUCUCUGUAUCAACCGCGGCGUCACCGGACCGAAAUUAUCGGAAAAUACCGGCAGACAGGCAUUGAUCAUCGCCUCGCCGGCGGCGCCGCAAGCUGAUAAGGAUGAAGUGACGAAGGAAAGUGGAAGCGAGAUGAUCGAGGUGGUGAAACGAGAGGUGAAUCGGUGCUCAGGGUGUCGGAGGAAGGUUGGACUGGCCGGAUUUAAGUGCCGGUGUGGCAAGUUAUUGUGCUCGCAGCAUCGGUAUUCGGAUAGGCAUGAGUGUGGGUAUGACUAUAAAGCGGCUGGUAGAGAAGCGAUCGCGAGGGAGAAUCCGGUUGUCAAGGCGGCGAAGAUUGUUAGGAUAUGAGGAUUUGUAUAAAUAUCUGCAUAAUUUGAUUUCAUAUGAAAGGAUGUAACUUAUUGAAUUAAUACAAAAGACUUUGAUUCAA